CUGCCGCCUGCCCUCUGAAGGACGCUCCAGAGCCAGGGAAGGAAGCCCUGGAGGUCUGGGGAGCGCCCUGAGGCCAGCAGUGGCCGGCGCCGCCCACCCGCAGCCCCAGCCUUCUUCAGGCCAGACCUCAGUCUUCCCAUCUGUGAGGUGGGAGUGGGCUGGACAACACAGUCUCCGAGAGUCCCUUCCGCUCAAGCCUCUAAGCGGCAGCAGCCAUGGCGGGGAUGAAGACGGCCACCGGGGACUACAUUGACUCCUCCUGGGAGCUGCGGGUGUUUGUGGGCGAGGAGGAUCCCGAGGCUGAGUCCGUCACCCUGCGGGUCACGGGAGAGUCGCACGUCGGAGGGGUGCUCCUGAAGAUCGUGGAGGAGAUCAAUCGCAAGCAGGACUGGUCAGACCACGCCCUCUGGUGGGAGCAGAAGAAGCGAUGGCUGCUGCAGACCCACUGGACCCUGGACAAGUACGGGAUCUUGGCUGACGCCCGCCUCUUCUUUGGGCCCCAGCACCGGCCAGUCAUCCUGCGGCUGCCCAACCGGCGGGCACUGCGCCUCCGCGCCAGCUUCUCCAAGCCUCUCUUCCAGGCCGUGGCUGCCAUCUGCCGCCUCCUCAGUAUCCGGCACCCCGAGGAGCUGUCUCUGCUGCGGGCUCCUGAGAAGAAGGAGAAGAAGAAGAAGGAGAAGGAGCCGGAGGAGGAGGUGUACGACCUGACCAAGGUCGUCCUGGCUGGGGGUGUGGCGCCUGUGCUGUUCCGUGGGAUGCCCGCGCACUUCUCCGACAGCGCCCAGACGGAGGCCUGCUACCACAUGCUGAGCCGGCCCCAGCCGCCCCCGGACCCGCUCCUGCUGCAGCGCCUGCCCAGGCCGGGCUCCCUGUCCGACAAGACACAGCUCCACGGCAGGUGGCUGGACUCCUCGCGGUGCCUCAUGCAGCAGGGCGUCAAGGCCGGGGACACGCUCUGGCUGCGCUUUAAGUACUACAGCUUCUUCGACCUGGAUCCCAAGGCAGACCCAGUGCGGCUGGCCCAGCUGUACGAGCAGGCUCGCUGGGACCUGCUGCUGGAGGAGAUCGACUGCACCGAGGAGGAGAUGAUGGUGUUCGCCGCCCUGCAGUACCACAUCAACAAGCUGUCCCAGAGUGGGGAGGUGGGCGAAAUGGCCAGUGCAGACCAGGGGCUGGAUGACCUGGAUGCAGCCCUGAGCAACCUGGAGGUGAAGCUGGAGGGGUCCGCGCCCACCGACGUGCUGGACAGCCUCACCACCAUCCCAGAACUCAAGGACCAUCUCCGAAUCUUCCGGCCACGGAAGCUGACCUUGAAGGGCUACCGCCAGCACUGGGUGGUGUUCAAGGAGACCACGCUGUCCUACUACAAGAGCCAGGAUGAGGCGCCCGGGGAUCCCAUUCAGCAGCUCAACCUCAAGGGCUGUGAGGUGGUCCCUGACGUCAACGUCUCAGGUCAGAAGUUCUGCAUUAAACUCCUAGUGCCCUCCCCUGAGGGCAUGAGCGAGAUCUACCUCCGGUGCCAGGACGAGCAGCAGUACGCCCGCUGGAUGGCCGGCUGCCGACUGGCCUCCAAGGGCCGCACCAUGGCGGACAGCAGCUACGCCAGCGAGGUGCAGGCCAUCCUGGCCUUCCUCAGCCUGCAGCGGGCAGGCGGCGGGGGCGCAGGCAGCCACCCCCAGGGCCCCGACGCCUCCACCGAGGGCCUCAACCCCUACGGCCUUGUGGCUCCCCGCUUCCAGCGGAAGUUCAAGGCCAAGCAGCUCACGCCGAGGAUCCUGGAGGCCCACCAGAACGUGGCCCAGCUCUCACUGACGGAGGCCCUGCUGCGCUUCAUCCAGGCCUGGCAGUCCCUGCCCGACUUCGGCAUCUCCUACGUGAUGGUCAGGUUCAAGGGCAGCAGGAAAGAUGAGAUCCUGGGCAUUGCCAACAACCGCCUGAUCCGAAUCGACCUGGCCGUGGGCGAUGUGGUCAAGACCUGGCGCUUCAGCAACAUGCGCCAGUGGAAUGUCAACUGGGACAUCCGGCAGGUGGCCAUCGAGUUUGACGAGCACAUCAAUGUGGCCUUCAGCUGUGUGUCUGCCAGCUGCCGCAUCGUGCAUGAGUACAUCGGGGGCUACAUUUUCCUGUCGACGCGUGAGCGGGCCCGCGGGGAGGAGCUGGAUGAAGACCUCUUCCUGCAGCUCACGGGGGGCCAUGAGGCCUUCUGAGGGCAGCCUGACUGCCGCUCCCCUCUCACUUCCUGCCAUAGCCACUCGCAAGCCCACGCCCACUGGGACUCAUUGUCCCCCACCCUCUCCGGCACGCGCCAAGCUGGGCAUGUUCACCUGCUGUCACUGGCAGACCAGAGCCGGGCUGGGCCAGCACCCAGGCACGGGAUGGUGGGCCUGACCCAUAAUACCUCCCCUGUCCCAGAGGCCCAAGCCACCUUGAGCAAUCAGUCCCUGAGCACAUGAGGAAGACCAGGAAUCCUGGUUUCAAACUAGAGUUUCUUGAUACUUUUUUUGAAUUUUUAAAAUAAAUAUUUUAUUGUUGGGUCA